ACCAGUUCUCUUACUCCAAUCCUGCCUUCCUUCCUUGUUGAGCUCGUCCCCCAUCACCUGCCCACCAUCAGUCCAAUCCACCUCGAAAAAGCAUGGCUGUGAGCCUCUUCUGGAUGGGGCUUGCCCUGCUUGGAAUACUGCAGGUCCAGGCCCAGCCCAGGCCCCAGAUUCCUGCCCCAGACCUGUCCAGAGUCCCUCUGCAGGCUGACUUCCUACCAAAGGAGUUUGAAGGGACAUGGUACGUUGUUGGCCUGGCAGGGAAUGCCUUCACCAGGGCAGAACAGGAACAAUAUAAGAUGUAUACCACAACCUACAGACUACAAGAAGACAAUAGCUAUAGGGUCACCUCCACCUUGCUCAGGGGUAAUCGAUGUGACAAAUUUGUGAGGAGUUUUGUUCCGAAGGGUCAGCCGGGUCAGUUCACCUUGGCCAACAUUGAAGGCUAUGGAUUGCAGGAUUAUACAGUGAAAGUGAUGAGAACCAACUAUAAUGAGUUCGCUAUGGUAUACUUUAAGAAGAGUGUGGAUAACACUGACUAUUUCAAGAUGACUUUGUACGGGAGAAGUGAGGAGCUGAGACCCGACCUGAAAGAAGACUUCAAAAACCUAGUCAAGUCUUUGGGACUCACUGAUAACAACAUUCUCUUCCCAGCAAAAGUUGAAAAAUGCAUUCAUGUGAAGGCGUAAACGAGGUGUCCAAGUCCUGAAAAGACUUCACCUUCCCAAUCUUGAUCUUCUGACAUUCUGAGAUCCACAGCCCCACCCCCUGCCCAACCCCGACAGCUGGAACCUCUACUUUAAUCAUCUAUCAACAAACAACUGGAGGCACCUCUUCUCCCAGCCUCUGACUGAUUCCACAACCUGAGAUUCCCCUCACCUAUUCCCCCUUUCAGUUGAUAGUGGUGGAAGAAUAAACAGCGUCAAGUACCAA